CCCACAGUUAUUAGAGAAGGGAAGGGCAGUGUGAUGCUGGUGCCAGAAUAGAAAGCAGGAGAGGGGACCAUAAAGAAGGACAAGCAAAACCAAGGGGAAUGGAAAACAGAGGAUGGAGAGACACAGAGGCUGGGAGUGUUGGCCCAGGCGAGCUGGGCCAGGCCAUGGAUGCAAGCCUCAGCGCUGUGACAUACUGCCGAAAGGUUGUAGGGCAAGAGGGUGUCUCCCCCAAACGGGCCGACCCUCCUGCGGUCUCGACGCAUGGACUAUAAUAGGAUGAACUCCUUCUUAGAGUACCCACUCUGUAACCGGGGACCCAGCACCUACAGCGCCCACAGCGCCCCAACCUCCUUCCCCCUCAGCUCAGCUCCAGCCGUUGACAGCUACGCAGGCGAGGGUCGCUAUGGCGGGGGCCUCCCCAGCCCCGCGCUCCAGCAGAACUCGGGCUAUCCCGCUCAGCAGCCGCCUUCAGCACUGGGGGUGCCCUUCCCCAGCUCCGCGCCCUCGGGGUACGCCCCGGCCGCCUGCAGCCCCAGCUAUGGGCCUUCUCAGUACUACCCUCUGGGUCAAUCGGAAGGAGAUGGAAGCUAUUUUCAUCCCUCGAGCUACGGGUCCCAGCUAGCGGGUUUGUCCGACGGCUACGGAGCCGGUGGAGCGGGCCCCGGGCCGUACCCUCCGCCGCAGCCCCCUUACGGGACUGAGCAGGCGGCGAGCUUUGCACCGUCCUACGCUGAUCUCCUCUCUGAGGACAAGGAAUCGUCCUGCGGGUCAGAAACCAGCACCCCCACGGCCCGGACCUUCGACUGGAUGAAGGUUAAGAGAAAUCCACCCAAGACAGGUAGGGCUCAGAGCUGGCCACCCCCUCUCCGGGGCCCAAAGUGGCUCUCCUGCCCCUGCACCGAGAUGGCCUGGGCGGGGUUAUUCUUCAGCCAGGUAAGAGCAGGUAAGAUAGAGGCAGGCAAGAGCAUUCUCAGGUCAGGUGAAGUCUCCCCACCCAGCAGGAGCCCGGUCACGCCCAGAGGAAGUCUCCCUACCCACUCCAUUCCCAGAUCCGUGCACCCAGCACGGGCCCAGGACCUAGUGUGCUUCGGGGUCAGGGGUGGAAGUAUAGGGGAGGUGGCUCCAGAUUUGUGGAUCACUAUUGGGGUCCCCGGUGAUCUGUGGGAACUUCGAGAACUGAAGGUGGACAGCAUGGUGAAUGGAGGCUCAGGGCUGCCCGGGAGGAGGGGAGGAGAAGGAGAAAGAGGUGAGAGAACUGACGUCGCCUUUCUCCCCGCCCCGCCCCUAGCGAAGGUGUCGGAGCUGGGCCUGGGUGCGCCCAGCGGCCUCCGCACCAACUUCACCACGCGGCAGCUGACAGAGCUGGAGAAGGAGUUCCAUUUCAACAAGUACCUGAGCCGGGCCCGGAGGGUGGAGAUCGCGGCCACCCUGGAGCUCAACGAAACGCAGGUCAAGAUUUGGUUCCAGAACCGGCGCAUGAAGCAGAAGAAACGCGAGCGGGAGGGAGGCCGGGUACUCCCGGCCCCACCAGGCUGCCCCAAGGAGGCAGCAGGAGAUGCCUCGGACCAGUCCACAUGCACCUCCCCUGAAGCCUCGCCCAGCUCCGUUACCUCCUGACCUGAACCUCACAACCCACGAGCUUCCAGGCACUGGAGCGCCCCAGUCCAGCCCUCUCCCAGGCUCUCCACAACCGGCCUCGGCUUCACUGCCUGGUGAUCCUCUCCAAGGCCCGGACACCAGUUUAGAGCUGGGGGUGGGGGUGGGGAAACCUUUUUCUCAGAUCUGGGUGGGGAACUGAUGGCUAGGGACCCUACAGGCCCAGAGGCCUGGGAGGCACGGAACCUGUCAAAUGUGGAGGGAAGGCUUUUCAUCUGGGUAUCAGCUCCCCCUCAACAUGUGGGUGGGGGUGGGAGCCAGCCCCAUCCUCCUGGAUUCUCUUUUCCCUUCCAACUUUAGUUUAUUCAGUUCAGUGCCUUUGAGCUUCAAGGAUUCUCCUCAUGAACUCAUAUCCUAACUUCCUCUUCUAGGCCCAGGACAGAUGGAAGGCCUUGAAUGUUCUUGUGUGGGAGCUGUUUGGGUGCUGGCAUAUUAUUACCAAUCCUUAAUCCAGUCACC